AAAAUCCAGUAUUUUGUUGCCACACCUAAAUUUUAAAAUGGCUUGUUUCUGCUCCUGUAUCUGGGGUAACCCUGAUCCCGGUCCUGUGAGGCUUAGAGAAGUACAGCAAGUGGUCAUAGAUACCUCAAAAAUGGGGGUUGAUUGUGUUGUUGUGAAGUCGGGUAGGCGUGUCUGUGGUACUGGAGCUGCACUAGCUAAUGCUCCAAUAGUCCAGGAUAAGAGCUACUUUGAAGUGAAGAUACAAUGUGGAGGUGUUUGGGGUGUCGGUUUAGCCACACCCACAGUAUCCUUGGAUACAGUUCCCCUCGGUACUGAUACCAAUAGUUGGGUACUAACAUCAGAAGGUACUACCGUACACAACUCACAGACUAUCAGCAGAGGAAAGCAGAAACCAAAUGAAGGAGACAUCAUUGGUAUCAGUUAUGAUCAUGUUGAAAUGAACUUCUUUCUUAACGGCAAAUCAAUGGACCUGCCAGUAACUGGUAUCAGAGGAACAGUCUUCCCUGCUAUCUAUGUUGAUGAUGGUGCUAUAUUAGAUGUACAGUUCAUGGAUUUCACUUACCCUCCUCCUGAUGGCUACGAUCAAAUACUUUUGGAAAGAAACCUUUUAUGAAAGACCCUCUGAUUUUAUUAUUUUGUGUCGUUUAAUUUAAUGAUGAGUGUGACUUUUAUGUACCAGUAUAGUAAUGCAUGUAUGAAAUUA